AUGGAUAAUGAAAGUUUAAUUAGAUUGUGUGUAACGGCUUUUACGGAGGAAGAAAUAUCAAAGGCUAAGAUGUUAUUGUAUGACUCAGUAACGACAAAAAAACGAAAUAUCUCGCGACGGAAGGAUGGAAAAGCACAAAGGGAGCUGGAAGAUAUUAUAUGUUUGUUUAAGGAGACAGAUGCGGAAAGUUUUCCUGUUUUCGUGGCCCGUGAGCUCCAUAAAUUACCACCCGUGACAUUUGACCACAUAGAUGCGACCCGAGUGUUAAAGGAUCUGGUCAUUCUGCAGGAGGAGAUUAAGCUUAUUAAAUCCAACUAUGUUACAAAAGAAAUGCUGCAGGUGCAUACCGUGGAUAUGGCUUCACCCAAAUGUCAGAGCUCACCGAGUGACCGGUCACCACAGCCGCCACCGGCUAGUUGCUUUAAAAAUGUAAAUAAACGAAGAGGAGCGUCGAACGCGAACAUCUCCAUAUGUUUGGAUAGUGGGCUUGAAGGGCUGCUACACAUGGUGAAUAAUAAGAAUACUACUCAUUCAGAGGGCGAGGGCGGCGGUGCCACGAUUUCGUCACAACUGACGUGUGAGGGUGCGCCUCCUGGCCGUCAGCCCCUUCGGCCGGUACCGGAACUGGUCUCGACGAAUCGAGGUAGUGAUGGAGUGUGUCCUGUGGCUACUAUGGCUGACGUGGUCCGAAAGGAAGGAGACUGGAAGCGGAGGGAGUCACUGGAGGAGUGGACGGAAGUGAGACGACGAAGGUAUAGGAACCGCUUUGAAGGUAAGACUGGAAAGGCCCCUAGUGAGCAGAAUUGCAAGUUUAGGGCAGCUGAGACUAAGGUGCCGUUGUUUAUAUCGAAUGUGCAUAAAGAUACCACUGAAAAAGAUAUUAUAGACUACAUACAUAGUAAUACUCAGGAAGUAGUGCAGCUAGAAAAAAUAAAUAUGAAGAUAGAUAAAGGCUACAAUUCAUAUAAAGUAUGGGUGUCUAAAUGCAAAAGGAAUCUGUACUUAAAUGAUACGUUAUGGCCGGAGGGGAUUUCCUUCCGUAAUUUUAUAUAUUUUAGACACAGUAUAGCUGCGAAUUCGGUUCCUUUACAAACUUAA